AUGCCGGUUGCCAUGUUAUACUGGUUGCUAUGUGAUACUGGUUGCUAUGUUACAGGUUACCAUGUGGCUGUGUUGGUUGUACUGGUGGUUGGCACUGUCCCCGCCCCCUCCCUCCCAGUCAGGUCAGGUCAGGUGACCGGAAGUUCCCCGUCAGUUGCUGUCAUGGCGGCCGUGGAGGCAGGCUCGCUGUUCCAGGCUCGCAGCGCGGAGGAGAUCCGGGUGUUGGAGCGCGCGGUGCGGGCGGACAUCGAGCAGAAGAAGGAGGAGCUGCGGCAGAUGGUGGGGGAGCGAUAUCGCGACCUGAUCGAGGCGGCCGACACUAUCGGCGACAUGAGGCGGAGCGCGGGCCGAGUGCUGGAGGCCGUCAGGAACAUGGAGCGAUCCUGCGGGGCCCUGGGAGCCGGGGGCCACGGGGAGAGAGGGGGGGACCAGAGCCCGGCCGCCAUGCCCCAGGAGAAGUUUUACAGCAUGGCCGCUCAGAUCAAACUCUUGCUGGAGAUCCCAGAGAAGAUGUGGAGUGCGAUGGAAGCCUCUCAGUACCUGCAUGCGACUCAGCUUUACCUGCUGUGCUGUCACUUGCAUUCACUCCUGCAGCUGGACUCGUCCACGUCUCGCUAUAGCCCGAUCCUCGCUAGAUUCCCCAUUCUGGUGCGCCAGGUAGCAGCCGCGGGGACUUUCCGGUCCACCAUCUUACAGGAGAGCAAGUCCCUCCUGAGAUGUCCAUCCGCCUCUGACCAAGCUGUUGCAGAGGCACUUUGCUCCAUCAUGCUCCUGGAGGGAAGUUCUCCUCGACAAGCUCUUGCAGACUUUCUAUUGGCCAGAAAAACUGGGAUCCAGCAGCUCUUAAAUCAACCUCAUCAUGGUUUGGGUAUAAAAGCCCAGGUUUGUUCAUUGGUGGAAUUAAUGGCCAACACCCUGUACCAAGCACAUGCCCUCUUCUACACACAACCAGAGGAGGUCCUGCCUAGCGAUGACCUUCCCUGUGGACUCCUGUUUUCCAUGUUAGAGAGUGUUACAGCCCAACAAGCAGGAGGGAAGGGUCUCAAGGUUUUGAAGGAAGAAAUGAAGUCUGUUGGCUGGUUCAAGCACCUCCCUCCUUCCAUCGUAGCUUUUCAGCCUGCGCUUCGGACAUUGGCUCAUCCUAUAAACCAGGACCACCUCCGGGAGACACUGCAACAGUGGAUCAGCAUGUGCAACGAUGACAUCAAAUCUGGCAUCUCUGCCCUGCUAGUGUAUGUCAAGAGUCUGAAGGGCUUAGCUGCAAUCCGAGAUGCGGUUUGGGAGCUCCUGACCAGUGAGUCGAUGAGCCAGAACUGGAAUAAGAUCUGCAAGAGGCUGCUGGAGCGACCUGUUCGGUUUUGGGAAGAUCUUUUGCAGCAAAUGUUUUUAGACCGACUGCAGACAUUGACCAGAGAAGGGUUUGAAUCCAUUUCCAGUUCGUCUGUGCAGCUGCUCCUCGCUUCACUGCAGGAACUGGAAGGGAAUCCAGAAACAUAUAAACACAUCCAGCACGAGAACAACAUCUGUUCCUUCCUUUGGUGUGAAAACCCGAGUGACCUGGCACCAGACGCAGCUUGGGUGAAUGUGGGCAGCCGGGUCCCGCACCACAGCAGCGGUUUAUACCUGAAAGCCCAAGCGGUCACUCCAUGCAUUCAGAGCUUCUGCGCAGCAUUGGAUUCCAAGCUAAGGGAGAAACUGGAAGAUCUCUUCACUUAUCUGCCCCGAGAAUCUCCUCCAGCCGCUGCCAAGCUCUCCGCUUUCGAUCGGUAUGGCGAUGCCAGCACAGUACGAGAAAUGCUAAGCUAUCAUUGCCUGAGUUGCAUGCAGCACAUCCAGGACUCGAUCAGCGAUCAGCUGCAGGCCGCUUCCCACACCAGACUGGGUGAAGACAAGGUGGCGCUCUUUAGCCCCAAGCUUUGUGCUGUCCUCUUCUUGGCCAGACUCUGUCAGUCACUAAGUGAACUGUGCCCUCACCUGAAACAAUGCAUUGUGGGUAAACCUGGCAGUCAGGAACACACUGUGCGGGAUUCCCGGACUACCAAGAAGACUGGUAAAGGGAAAAAUGUCAACACUCCUCCCACGUCUUGCAAGUGGCAGGAGCUCAAAGACAAACUGAUUAAGCAGUCCCUGGAUGCCUAUUCUAUCUGGAAUUUUGCCGUGGUAAAGUAUUUGGUCAAUUUGUUCUCACAAACCCUUCUUCAAAACACUGCUGGAUCGGUCCUUGCCACUGCCACUCAUUGGGAUGAGAUUGAAAUUCAAGAGGAGACGGAAGCAGGAAGCAGCGUGACUUCUAAAAUCCGUCUCCCUAGCCAAUGCUCCUGUUAUGUCCAGACCCUCCUAUUCAAUCUGUGCCAAGCUGUGAACCGCGUCGGAGGGCAUGCGCUUCCCAAAGUCACCCUACAAGAGUUAAUGAGGCGCUGUCUGGAAGAAGUGAUCGCUGCCUACGAGAAACUGUGCCAGCGGUCUGUGGGCAAGAUGAAAAGUCAGAAAGAAGGAAAUCCCCUGACACAGAGCCGAGCCCUCCAGCUUCUGUUUGACAUGCGGUAUAUAAGUCUCAUUCUCAGCUCCCGCUGCGAAGAUGUGAAAAAGAGCAAAGAAGGCCCCAGAAUUCAGCAAGUUGCUGAUCAGCUUGAAAGUUGCAUAGAUCCCUUUGACCUCGAUGUGUUUACUCCACACUUGAAUGCAAACCUGAAUCGCCUGGCACACAGAACGUCUGUCUUGUUUGGGUUACUGACCGGAGCUGAAAGCCAGUUUACCAGCAGGAGUUCUACUUUGGGAUUGCAAGAAACACACAAUGUAUUGCCACUGGCAUCCAGUCAGAUACGAUUUGGACUCCUCCCUCUCAGUAUGUCUAGUUCACGGAAAUCAAAACCAUUGAGCAGAACUACGGAAGAUGUGAAAAUUCAGGACGUUGCAAUAAUCCCACCACCUGAGGAAGAUCCCUUCCGCCCCGGCUCCUUGUUCAGACAGCUGGCCACGCAGGAAGAGGACACGCAGGCUCCAUCUCUCUUUAAACUGGGUUGGCUUUCCAGUAUGACCAAGUGACCACCCCGACCCCUCUGAACGACACUAUACGCAGUGUAUACGCUAAUUUGGAAAUUAAAUAAUUUUAUUGUACAGUAA